AUGGUCGUUCCUCAAAAGCUAAACCUUGAGAAAAUCAUGGAGAACUUCUUUUCGGCCCAAACUCAGCAGAACAAAGAGUUCCUAAACCAAGAUAUUCAUGUAAAUGAACUGAUCAAACAAUUAGGAACUAAGGUUGAUUCGAUAAUCACUCACAAUAAGAUGCUUGAAACCCAAAUCUCACAAAUAAAACAACAAUCGCCCCAGGCCACACCUGGAGGGCAAAUUUCUGGACAACCUCAACCUAACCCCCGAGGACAAGCUAACGUUGUUACCCUACAAAGUGGGACCACUUAUGACAAACCUGUAAAACCAGCCUUGAGUGGAUCAGAGGCUUCUAAGAAAAAUGUUGUGUCUACAGAUGAAGUAGAGGAACUAGAGGGACAAAAAGACCAGGAAGUGAAAGAUAAGGGAGAAGAUAAAGAUAAAGUGAUCGAGAAACUCCACAUAGAAAUCCCAUUCACCGAAGCUAUCACCCAGAUACCAUCUUAUGCUAAAUUCCUUAAAGACAUCUUUACCAACAAACGUAGGCUUGAUGAUCCCAAACCUAUAGAGUGCAACUCCAUUGCUGAGAAUAAACUUGCUAAGAAGGAGAAAGAUCCCGAAAGCUUUUCAAUACCUUGUAUUUUAGGGAAUCAUGUUAUAGACAAAGAAUUCCUAGACUUGGGAGCAAGCGUAAGCUUAAUGCCUUUAGCAGUUUAUAAAAGGUUAAACCUAGGAGAAUUGCAACCGACUAAGAUGUCUCUUCAAUUAGCCGAUAGAUUUGUAAAAUAUCCAAGAGGCAUAUUAGAAGACAUUCCAGUUAGAAUCGGCCAAAUGUAUAUCCCAACUGAUUUCGUGGUAAUGGACAUUAAAGAAGACUAA